AUGGCAGGUUGGAGGGUGGUGCUGGUCGGUGCAAUCUCGCUGAGCCCAGCUACUUCUUCCCCAGCCCCAUCAACCCUUCUCCUUCCUCUGCCGCCUCGCCUCCCGUCCCUCUCCACUACGCCCCUCCUCUCCUCUCCUCUCCGCCCUCUCCUCUCCGCCCCUAUCCUCUUCUCGUCCCCUCUCCUCUACGCCAUUCUCCUCUCUGCACCGCUCCUCUACGCCAUUCUCCUCUCUGCACCGCUCCUCUACGCCAUUCUCCUCUCUGCACCGCUCCUCUACGCCAUUCUCCUCUCUGCACCGCUCCUCUACGCCAUUCUCCUCUCUGCACCGCUCCUCUACGCCAUUCUCCUCUCCACCCCUCGCCUCUCUCCUCUCCGCCCCUCUCCUCUCUGCCCCACUCCUUUCCGCCUCUUCCUCUACGCCUCUCUCCUCUCCGCCCCUCUCCUCUCUGCCCCACUCCUUUCCGCCUCUUCCUCUACGCCUCUCUCCUCUCCGCCUCUCUCCUCUCCGCCCCUCUCCUCUCCGCCCCUCUCCUCACCGCCCCUCUCCUCUCCGCUCCUCCCCGCUACGCCCCUCUCCCUAGGUGGAGAACAAGGGAUCGGCGCAGAAGGGGGCGGCUGGAGCGGAGGGCAUUGCUUCCCCUCUGAUACAAAGGCGGUCACGCGGCAUUCGAAGGUCACCAAGGGUCGCGAGCGGCAUUUCGCGUAUCUCAAGCGGUGCAACGGGAGGGACAGGCGCGGCUGA